AUGGCCAACCGAGGCUACGAUGUCGUUGUCGACGUCGACACAGAAGGUGACCUUGGACACACAGACCUGCAAGACGACGACCUAGAAUUCCACCCAUCCAACUUUGAAUCGAGUUCCUCGAGCCGCAAGAUCCAGCCCGACACUCCCUUCCUCUCGGGCUCGGCGAAUCCGACCAGCAGCCUGCCCAACGACCCGUCCUCGAUGCCGCAGAAGCACAUGCUGUGGUCACUGUCCUUCUACGCGCAAUUCUUCGACGUCGACACCUCGACGGUCCUGCACCGGUGUCGCUCCGCCAUUCUCCCCUUCAUCCCCAACACGCCCCCGUUCCUGGACAUCAUGGACGGGAACCCGGACCUGUACGGCCCCUUCUGGAUCGCGACGACCGUCGUGGUGAUUCUGUUCCUCACGGGGACCAUCUCCCACAAACUCGCGACCGAGGGGAAGAAGCACUUCGAGUACGAUUUCAAGUUGCUCAGCGGCGCCGCGGGUCUCGUUUAUGGAUACACGCUCUUCAUUCCGCUGGGCCUCUGGGGCGCGCUCCGCUGGUUCGGCGCUCAGUCUCUCGAACUGGUCGAGUGCUGGGCGCUGUACGGAUACAGCAACCUGUUCUGGAUCGCUGUCGCGUUGGUCUCGUGGUCGCCGCUCAACGGGCUCAACUACGCCCUCGUGGGCCUGGGAUAUGGGGUCAGCGUGUUCUUCCUGGUCAAGAAUCUGUAUCCCGUCAUCAGUGCGACGGAGAAGAAGAUCAGCCAGGUCCUACUGUUGGCCGUGGUGCUGCUGCACGCCGGCCUGGCCAUCGCCAUCAAGAUCUUGUUCUUCAGCCACAAGAGCCCCGCGAAGGACGAUGACAGUAAGAUGUUGUUCUAG